ACUGACAAAUUGUUUCCUAUCCUCAUUUGUUUGGGUUUCUGCUGAUAACAAAAAUUAAACUUUGUUGAGCGCGAAAUUUAAACAUUUUUAUCAAAUAUUAACUUAAUUUAAUUUAUAAGAAUUAAAAAUGUCCUGCUAUAUGUGUAAAUCAAAGAAAGGUCCCUUUCAAAUGCUUGAAGUAUCAAGACUUCGCUUUAUUCGCAAAGCGCAACCACAUUUUAGGGAUGACUCAUUUUUGUGCCCUAAAUGUUUCGAUCAAUUUGAAUUAAUCUACAAAUCCAAAGCUAAAUCAAAAUCGAGGAACGGGAGCAUCUCUAGUCUGACUUCCAUUUCAAAUGAAUCUGUCAGGACAGUGUCUACAAAUUCUCACAACAGUGGAUCUACUUCACGCAACCUAAGUGCUGCCACAGCCAUUGAAAGAGAAGAUGGAAACAGCAAGCAGACCUCCCAAACCUCUUCGUUAGUUCAUUUCGACUCUCGGUCAAUUGAUUCGCCCAGUUCCAUUGAUUCCACGGACAGAAUCGUCCGAAUGGCACCAGACUUCAUCUCAAUUCGGGAUUCAACUCGCAAAACGAUACGAAACGCAAAUCUGAAUGUGGCACGGCAAGGCGCGGAAGCUGCAGUGCAAUUAGGGUCACAGCGCCCAGAGGAGAGUUCGCAGGUAGACACUCCGCCGAUGACGCCACCAGCCGAACAAGGGGCAGAUGCAAACAAUGACAACAAUUCUUCGUUGGUUCAUUUUGAUUCUCGUUCGAUACAUUCCACCUCGUCAAAUGAUACCAUGGAUAGAAUCGUCCAAAUGGUGCCGAACUUUGUCACUCUCAGAGAUUCCUCCCGCAAGACCAAACAGAACCCCGAGCUGAAUGUGGCUCGGCAGGAAGCCGAAGCAGCGGUACAACCCGCACCGAAGCGCCGAAAGACAACAGAGAGCACACCAAAGGCUGCUCCCAAAGCCACCGGAUGGAAACGGUUGCAAAUAGUCGAUGAGGAGUCUGAGGACGAGGAUAUAGCUUCGCAAUUAAGUCCGACUAACUUAGCUCAUGUUAGACCAAUUGUAAGACGACGCAAGGAGCCAGUUGUACAACAAUUUGACGAUAUAAUGGAUCUUUAUAUUGCAAGAACUUCGGGUGGAUGAAUAAAUUAUGUUUUCUUGUGGUGUCUCCUACAACUUACGGCCCUGGAUAGGCAAUUUACAAAUGUAUUUAUUUUUUAAUGUAAUAUGUAAAAUUUGUUAAUAAGCAAAAGCAUGACAAAUUGUUGAAAUUUUAAUCCAUGUUUUGUAUUAUUUAUUUCGUUAUAUCUUUUUAUGUACUUUUUAAAGAAGCAACAAGUUCAAUAAACAUUUUGAUUCUUUUGAAACACAAACACAA